AUGUUUGCCUUCUGCCUGCCGAGGUGCAGGUCCAGCGUUCCCUGCAAGCCCUGGCGGCUGCCUCGCUUCCAGCCUCCCCUCCAGGAGCGGUGCCAGCCGCCGGCGCCUACAGCGAUCCACACGGCCGCGGGACAAGGACAGGAGGUCGGUCUGCAGGAGAAGCAGCUGCUGGACGCUCAGGAGAUGCCUCUUGCAAGCAGAGAGACGGAGACCCUCUGCCACGAGGAGCCCGAGACUGGGAACCCGUAUUUGGAGGACGCUUUGCUCCGGAGUUACCUGAAGGCACACCUGCCCCCCCAGGUACUGGAGGAGGUGAACCGCGACCUGGAGAGGUUUGGGCACCGUCUGCUCACCCAGGUGAAGCCUCUGGGCUGGGAGUGUGAGCUGAACCCCCCUGUGCUCCGGCAGUACGGUGCCUGGGGGCAGCGGCUGGACCGGCUCCUCACCUGCUCCGCCUGGAGGAGCAUCAAGGAGAUCGCGGCCGAGGAGGGGCUGAUCGCGGAGGCCUACGAGAGGAGAUUCUCCAGCUGGAGCCGUCUCUACCAGGCUGUCAAACUCUACUUGUUUUCAAGCUUCUCUGGAGGUUUCAACUGUCCACUGGCCAUGACUGAUGGAGCAGCCAAAGUCAUUGAGUCCCUAGGUAUGCCUGGACCUCUGAAAACUGCUUUUGGCCACCUGACCUCUCGUGACCCCGAGAGGUUCUGGACCUCUGGGCAGUGGAUGACCGAGCGCCGGGGAGGCUCUGACGUUGCCGGUGGCACCGAGACAGUGGCCAGGAAGCAGCCAGAUGGAACCUACCUUCUGCAUGGCUUUAAGUGGUUUACUUCUGCUGCUGAUUCUGAUGUGGCAUUGACCCUGGCCAGGAUAGCAGAUGCUGAAGGACAAGUGAAACAGGGUUCCAGUGGCCUCUCCCUGUUCUUCCUGAGGGUCCGAGAUGAGGCAGGGAAGCUGAACAACAUCCAGGUGCAGAGGCUGAAGGACAAGCUGGGCACAAGGCAGAUGGCAACAGCAGAGCUGUGGCUGCAGGGAGCCAAGGCAGAGCUGAUCUCGGCCGAGGGCCGCGGGGUCUCCGCCAUCGCCGGCAUGCUGAACGUGACCCGGAUCCACAACGUCAUCGGUGCAGUGGCCUCCAUGAGAAGGAUGCUCAGCCUGAGCAGGGAGUACGCUCGCAGGCGGGUGGCUUUCGGAAGGCUCCUCAAGGACCACCCCCUCCACAUGCAGACCUUAGCCAGGAUGGAGGUGCAGACACGAGGAGCCUGCCUGCUGCUGCUGGAGAUCGCUCGGCUGCUCGGCCUUGCGGAGACCAAGCUGGCAAGUGAGCAGGACCAGCUGCUCCUCAGGCUGCUGGUCCCAGUGGCCAAGCUCUACACUGGGAAGCAGGCUUCUGCUGUUGCUCUUGAGGCCAUGGAGAGUUUUGGAGGCCAAGGCUACAUGGAGGACACAGGCCUGCCAGCCCUGGUCCGUGACAGCCUGGUGCUGUCCAUAUGGGAGGGAACCACGAACGUCCUGGCCCUCGACGUGCUGCGAUCCCUCUCCAAGAGCCGAGGGCAGGGGCUGGCUGCCUUCCUCUCCACAGUGCAGAAGAAAACAGAGAAGGCUUCGAGCAGCCCAGAGCUGGAAGCUGCUGUGCAGCAGACACGAGAAGCCGCCGGCAGCCUCUCGCGGUUCACGCAAGCAGCUGCUUCCAGGGGGGCUCUGACCAUGGAGCUGGCAGCAAGAGACUUCUCCUACAGCCUAGCAAGGAUCUAUUCAGGAGCUCUCCUGAUCGAACACGCAGCUCGGCCUGGUGCGUCCCCUGCAGACAUCUCUGCUGCUCAGAGGUGGUGCCAGCAGGAGCUGUGUCCUGUGGCCACAGGGCUGGAGAGCAGCAGCUACGAGGCCAGGGAAGCGCUGCUGGACACCGCGCUGGUGUACGAGGGCAGCCCUGCCCAUGGCAGCAGGCUCUGACUCCAGG